ACGAAUUUUCUCCUUUCCUGUACCAUGGUUGUCCAAAUAUAACGCGGGAAAUUAGGCCGAUCAAUGGCGCCCAAAGGCAAAAAAAAGAAAAGAAAAAGAAAAAAAAAACAGAAAAUUGAAGACUGCUGCAGAGUCCGUCUUCGAUACUCCCUGAUUUAUCCUAACACAAUAUUCGCAGGAAUCUCUCAUUCAUAUACCUUUUUUUGUGUUUCGCGCUCUGUCUCUGUAGCAUCACUCCGAAUUUUUGACCGCGGAAUUCGUCCAAUGGAACUCGAGGAGUAUCUGAAGUUGUUGAGCAAUAUCCACCUGUGUCCCCAAGGUUGAUAAUCAUGGCAGCUUCAUCAUCGUUGACUCACUUCGAGCUAGAUUUUCAAAGCGUUAUGCAUGUAUGUGAAAUGACCAGCGUUCAUACUACAACACCAUGAUGGAAUCCUCUACACGAUUUUAUAACAGCAUUAUGAAGAAUAGCACUAUGGUCAAACCCAUCCCAUAUGUCUACAGCCCAUGGUUGAGUAAAGUCUUCGGUUAUGCUGAAUCUUCCAAUUUCUCUUAUCCGCUUUAUGGAGGGUUUCUCGCUCCGACCACGUACUUAUACAUUUCACAAUAUUCAUAUCCAUACAUUAUGAGAAUUUCAAGAGAUCGCCUCGCUUAACUUUCUAUACCGAUCAAACAAGAGGGGUUUUCUUCGGAAGGUCAGGACGCCGGGUCGAAAAGGAAGAGAAAUGAGCGAGAGAUGAGCCCGCCAUGGAACAACCGAAGCUCAACACUCCUACCGUCAAUGAGGAUUCCAGAACCCUAUCGCAGUGUGGUUGCAGUUAUCUGGCAAUAGAAGCACGAGACCUCGUCUACAAAGCACCGGAUUUCUCCUUGAUGGAGACCAAGGAGGCUCGGUCUGAACUAUCUGACGCAGCUCAUAGACUUACUAGAGGACAUAAAGCCUUUGCGAGACAUGCUUGAAUGUAAACGCCUCUCUCUCUCUCUCUCUCUCUCUCUUUCUUUCUCUGGCUUUGGCACGAUCUUAAGCUAUAAGCUCUUAGGGGACUUAGAGGAUAAUGAGAACGAAAGCAAAGCCUGUAUUGCUUUAAACUUUAC